AUCUACAUAUGUAUUAAUGACAGAAAUGUGGCAUUCCACAAAUAAAAACCUCUGUAUGAGUAUGUUUAAUGGCUGAAAUAUUUUUGGAAUAUUUUGAUUUUAAGUUGCAUUUUUUUACAUAUUUAAUGUUACGGACACUACAAAAUCUGCCUUCAAAUUUUGAUUUGAAAUUUCCAUUGUUUUCAAUAGCAUAUUUCCUUAUAUUUUUUCAUGGUAAAAGCAAUUUUUUUUAUUGUGCAAUAUUGCAUCAUCUUUUAACUAUUGGAAAAUACCAAUAAAACGGCUGAUGCAACAAUAUUUGUGAUGAAUUAUUGCAUCAUCCAAAACAACCGCCUUUCUAAGAAAUACAACAGUCCAGCUGUAAUGAUGGAAUCAGCUAAGAAAAUGGCUUAUUUUGGGUAAUAGUCGGUCAGAUUCCAGCAAGAAGUCCUUUCAAAUGGAAAACACUAAAGGUGUUGGUUCCAGUGAUGCUCUAGAAGAGAGCCGAAAAUCAUCACUGCGAUCCCGGAAACUUGAAAAAAAUGCUGAAAUGAAUGCUGAAAAGAAUGAAGACAUAGAAAAGAAGCAAAAGGAGAAAAACAGGCUGAAAGUCAAGGCAUGGAGAAUGCGUCAGAAAACAGAAAACUCCACAAAAUAUUCUGAAAUCAAAAAGAAAGACACAGAAAGAAAGAAGGAAGCUCGAAUGAAAGUGAAACUCAUGGCCAAUUCAGAUCCUGAAUUAAAAGCCUCCUUAAGAAAGAAAAAAGCUGAAGAAAUGAAAAGAUACAGACAGAGAAAAAAGAUGAAAACAACAUGUUCUUCUGAAGAUCCUGGUGUUAAAAAGAGUAAGAAACCGGCUCUGGAAGAAAAAAAGAAAAAAGCUGUGAAGCGAACACAAGCCUGGAGAAUGCGAAUUAAACUUAAGUCUCCUACAAUUCCAAUUGUUAACACAGUUGAUGAAAAUGACAGUCAUGGAGAAAGCAGACAGAACAAAAGUAACUUAUCCCGUGCAACAAUAUACAGACGAGCGCAAAUGGUGAAAGGCAUUCUGCCUAGGACACCAAAGAAGAAAGCCGCCAUUUUAAAGAAGCUUAUUGAGUCACCUUCAACAUCCAAAGUACUUUCUGACCAAGGAGUAACAAUGACACCAGCUUGUAAGAAGAAACUUGAAGUAGCAGAUGCUAUAGUGAAUUCCUUGAAAGAAAGUAUUUCCGAAGUAAACAUUGGUGUUCGAAAAGACAGAGAAAAGAAACAUGCAUAUGAUGUAAUACGUGAAUCAGUACUAAGGAAAUACAAAAAGAUCACAGUUAGUAAAUAUUUCAAUGUGUCUUACAAGACAAGGAAGAUGAUAAAUGAAUGGUGGAAAAAGAAACAGAGAAAAACAAGAUGUGAUGUGAUAAGUGAUCAUGUGAAACAAUCAGUGAAAGAGUUCUACCUGAGUGCUGAAAUUAGCAGAGAGGUGCCAUCCAAACGUGAUGUUGUUAGAAUCAAAACUCAGACUGGUAUGAAAGAAACACUACAGAAACAUGUGAUGACAAUGACACUAGAAGAAGCACACAAGUUAUACAAAACAAGAAACCCCAAUCAUAAAAUAGGACUUACAUCAUUCAGCAAACUAAAACCAGUUAAUGUAAAGAAAGUGUCCGAGACAAGCAGACGGUCAUGCCUGUGCCAGACUUGUUGUAAUGUAGCCCUGAAAGUAGAAGCACUUACAACAUUGAAACGAGUUGUAAAAGAGACUGACAUGACAGAAGACAUUAAGAUUGAUAAGAAGAGUCUGAGUGAUGCAACAUUCUGCAGCUAUGAACAAGAGCCAUCUUUAAAAUGUGUGUCAAGAAAUUGUGAAAAAUGUGGAGUACAAGGCCUUCAAAAGUAUUUGGCGACUAUGGAAGAAAAGAACAGAGAUGGGAUGGUGUCAUGGUAUCAAUGGGAAAGCAUUGAAAUAAAGAAAUAUGACAAAGUAAAGCGCUGCGUUUCUUGUGUGCCCAAAGAAGCUGAUUUCAAAGUGUUUUUGACAGCUUUAGAGAAAGACAUGAUGGUGUACCCAGAGCAUGCAUUUAGAGCAUCCUGGCAACAGAAACAAAUGGGUGUAUGUGUAGAGAAAUUAACAAAGGGAUCUGUUGCCAUGGUAAUGGAUUUCAGUGAGAACUAUGCAUGUGUCUUCCAAAGUGAAGUGCAGUCAGGGUUCUUUGAUAGAAACCAGGUAACUGUACAUCCAAUGAUGUGCUACUAUAAAGAAAGUCUUGAUGACAAAGAUGUUACAGUAAAACAUGCCAUCAUUGGAAUAAGUGAAGAAACCAAACAUGAUGCGGAUUUAGCAAUUGUCUUCGAGAAUCAAGCCAUUAAAUUACUAGAAAGCAGAGGGGUGAAGAUUGGUGAACUCCACGAGUGGACUGAUGGGUGUGCAGCCCAGUACAAGGGGAAAAAGGCGUUUGCUGAUAUCAGUCUCAGAAAGCAGCCCAAAAUGACGCGAAACUACUUUGAAACGUCUCAUGGAAAGAAUGUCUGUGAUGGGUUGGGUGCAACUGUAAAGAAUGCUUGUUAUCGUGCUGUAAUAAGUAACAGGAAAGUUCUUGGUAAUGCUGAAGACGUUUACCAAUUUUGUCAAGAAACUCUGAAUAUGGAAGUAGUGGACACUGUAAAAAGCACUCUGUCGAGAAGAGAAUUUGUAUUUGUUGAAAAUGUGAAUAGAAACCGACCAGAAACAAAUGUACAAACAUUAACUGGAACACGGAAGCUGCACUCUGUUAAGUCUGUUGGUAAAGACUAUGAGCUGAACUCAAGGAAACUUAGUUGUUACUGUGAUGCUUGUGUGAAUGUGAGAAUGUAG